CUGGAGCCUUGGGGUCAUAGUCAUGAACGAUAUCGGGCUCGACGUGAUCUGGGGUGUUCCAAGGGAUGCAUGCAUGAUAUUCAUUACAGGCUGCCUGGAUCGCCGCACGUUCUUCCGCCCAUGUACCGCGAAGUCUGGCAUCCGAAACACGGUUCAGAUGCUUUUGAAGGAUCUCUUCACGCUUUCCCUCCGCCCAGAGACGCAGACUUCUUCGCUCCUUCUUGAUGUUCUGCCUCUUCUUGCUCGCAGUGGCUACGACUACCAUUUUGAAUCCUGGUGCCUAUUAGACCGUUCUGUCAACCUCUCUGUAGCUGGGAUGACUCACAAGGUAAGGUUCAAUUUUUCUGGUGACUUCUCGGGGGCGGGGAAGGGGAUAGUCGGAGUGAAUAACUAUUGUUGUUUGUUUCCGCAUAUUCAGCCGAAUACACAGAGUCACAUGCGCGCGCUCUCGUUUCUAUUCCAAUCUGCCCAGUGAUAUCUCCGGUGAUAGGAAAAAACCAGCCGGGUCGUCUUCAGAAUCUCAGAUAAAGGCUGGGCCAUCCUGCCUUACUUUCCCACCCUUUUUUGACCUCCCUUUCCUCUCACCAUGACCGAUCUCAACCGCUCCGCUGGGACACAGGGUAGUGUCCCAGCUAGUCUCGCGGCAGACGCUUCCACUAUCGCCACUCUUCUUCACAUCAUCGACGCGCUGACUGUUCAUGUGCAGCACUUGCAGAACACAUCGUCCGAUGGCUUGGCUCCUCUGGCUACUGCUCAGCCGGCUCCUCAUCUCGGUGGCGGCAUUCAAUCGCAGGGGCCCUGGGUUGUUGGCACCAUGUAUAAUGUGGUGCCGACGGGACCUUUGGCUGCGAUGCCUCCUACACAGUCUGCAUCGUUUCCGCCGGAGACCAUUUGGUACGCUGUCACUCGGGGCCACUACGUUGGUAUCACUACCAACAAUUCGGUCGCGGUCGCAGCUGUCACCGGAGCCAGCCGCAGCAACAUGGGUGGACACCCUAGCGAAGCUGUUGCCAUCGGAGUGUUCAACCAGACGCUGGCUAUGAACCUGGUGUCCAUCGUUCAGUGAUACCAUUAUGUUGUCAAUGCAAUUCCAUCUCUU